AUGGAUGAUUCAAGUACUGCAGAUUCUGAUCGCCUGAAACAUCUAAAGGCUUUUGAUGAUACAAAAGCUGGUGUUAAAGGGCUAGUUGAUUCAGGAAUCACUAGCCUUCCAAAAAUCUUCAUUCGUCCACCUGGUGAGUUAGUAGAGGAUCUAAACCUUGGUCAUUCCAAGGAACAAGUUCCAGUUAUAGAUCUUAGUGGUAUAGGAAGUGAUGAUCAACACAAGAUCGUUGUAGAUCAGCUAAGGCGAGCGUCAGAAGAAUGGGGUUUUUUCCAAGUUGUGAAUCAUGGAAUCCCGGAAAGUGUGCUGGAUGGUAUGCUAGAUGGAACCCGAAAGUUUCAUGAACAAGAUUCUGAACUGAAAAAAGAGUUAUAUUCGCGCGAUCCAAUGAUGAAGUUGAGGUAUGAGAGCAACAUUGAUCUGUAUAAAUCACGAGCCGCUAAUUGGAGGGACACUAUGACCAUCAAUCUGCUGUUUUCCAAUCAACUUGAACUCAAUGAACUUCCUGAGAUUUGCAGAGUGAUUGCUAACAAAACAGGACCUAGAAUUUCAGUGGCUUGCUUUUUCAUUGGUGUUGCUGCUCCUCCAGUGACUUAUGGACCUUCCAAGGAGUUGAUAUCUGAAGAAAGUCCUGCAAUUUACAAGGAGUUCACUGUCCAGGAAUACAUCGGCAAAUUCUUCGCUAGGUCCAUUGAUCAAUCUGGCCUCGAAUUUUUUAAGAUCUGA